AUGGUUCAAGACGAUCCUAAUUCCUGGCUUGAUGAUAGUUCAAAGUGGAUUUCUCCAGUUUCUUAUGCCUUGAUGGCUAUCCCACAAUUAAUUUAUGGUGCUCAGUUAAUAGUACUUACUGUGUUGGGAACUGGUUCAGGUGGAAAUUCUUUACAUAGUACAAUACAUGACUCUAUGAGUUCACAACCUAUAAAACCAUAUACUUCGGGGUUAGAUGUCGAUAGAGAUUCAUAUGCUCGUCUCAGUUCAUAUAACAAUAACACUGAUCGGUGUAUUGAAUCCGAUAAAUAUUCUUCAACAAAUGAUUCUUCGUCAAAUGAAAGCCCAAUUUCUUCUCAAAUGCUACCAGCUGCUCCAGCUCCUAUAAUUUCUCCCCCUAAUUCAAUAUCUUCUAAUUCUGCGCCUUCAAUUGCUCAGAAAACAAAAUUGAAGCGUAACAUUUCAUUAUCAAGAGAUGGAAAAAUGGUAUAUGGUGAUACUGAACCACUGGGGAAAGUAGGCGGUUCGGAAUUUGUAGCUGUGGAAAAAGUUGAUGAUCCUAGUAUUAUACCUUAUUAUUUUUCGCGAGACACAACUGCUCAACAGUUUUCAAAAUCAGAUGAACAUGAUUCAAGAAAAUCGACUCAGGAAGAACGUAUGCUAGUAUUACAACGUCAACAUGACGAAUUUAAUGCUUUAAGAAUGAAUGCUAUGAGAUCACAACAAAGUUUGUUGCUCAAUGAUGAAAAUAGGAGUGUAUCAAGUUCUGCUAUGAGAUCACAACAAAGCGUGUUGCUAAAUAACGAUAGUAAAAGUGUUUCAAGCUCUGCCAAUACUUUCAUUGAAGAUCAACAGGCUUUCUCAGCAUCGUCUCAUGCAAUAAGAAACUCUGAGGUCUCCUCAGUGUUAUCUAACGCGAAAAGGAACUCCGAGGCCGUCAGCUAUGAAGAAAGUGAUGACGGCUAUUUUUAUGCUAU